UGACAAAAAAAUUAAAUACGUUCGCUCUCUAUAAUCGAUUCUAUUUUUUAAUAAUUUCAUCCUUCUAUGAUCCUAAUGAACAACAACAACAACAAUAUCGAAUCGAAUCAAAUAAUUGCAAAACUUCAUAUGCCAUGGCUUGCUUUGUUAUAUGAAGCCAAUAUUUCAAUUUUUGAUUCUUCGUCAAAUGAAUGAAUGGACGAAUUCGAAGACAUUUUAAAUUUUUUGAUGAUCAAUAUACUAUCGAAUGGAAUGCAGAAAGUAUGGUUAUGGAAACAAAAUUUCAUAAUCAAAAUUAAGAAACUAUAUUAGCACAAUUUCGUCGACGUUGGAUCUUAUUACUUUGGACGCGUAAAUAUGAUUUAGAAAUAUUUUCUAAACAAAUACCUGAUGCAAUCUAUAUAUUAGCAUUGGCAGCUAAGGAUCGUAAUAUUGCUCAAGGAUCAAAACGCUCUAGAUCGACAAGAAAAACUGGAUAA